AUGUCCUCGCCGGCGUUCCAGAAUUGCCUUGCCGUUUACCCUUUCGCCCUCUCCUUUCCGACCGCAGCACAGCCAACAAAGCACCCAACCUCGCCUCGCACCUGGCCCUGCCGAACGACUCCCUUCUACCAGACUCCCGUAAAGUGUGGCCCCAUCAUGGCGCUCUCGCUCGACAAAGUCGUGCUUGUGGAUAUGGACAACACUCUGGUUGACUUUGACCUGGAAUUCGGCAAGCGCUGGGUCGCCGAGCGCCCGUCGGACAGCUUGGACCUAAUCAAGCAGCGCGAACAUUUCGAGCUUGAACAAAAUUUUUCCGCCGACCUCAAACCACUCGCAAUCAAGAUCAUGUCUCAACCCGGUUUCUUCAUCUCAUUCGAGCCGCAACCGUAUGCUGUCGAGGCCAUCAAGGAGAUGACGGCCGCUGGUUUACACGUCCUACUCUGCACGGCUCCCCUACCGUUUCAAUGGGAGACAUGCGUGGCAGAGAAAUACGCCUGGGUGCGUCGUCACUUGGGGGAGGAGUUUCUCACCAGGAUUAUUAUUACUAGGGAUAAGACGGUCGUGAAGGGGCGCGUGUUGAUAGACGAUAAGCCGCGCGUGGCGGGGGCGUGCGAAAAACCGGAGUGGACGCACAUUGUCUUUGACCAGCCGUAUAAUAGAAAGGUUGAGGAGCAACCAAGGCUUAAGAGCUGGAGGGAUUGGAGGCCAGUGUUGCAGAACCAUUUCGAGCUCCCCCAAGUCUCUCCAACGCACGCACUCAUUUCCACCCGCCCGCAUCCUGUCUUCGCCCGAAACGAACCUCCCAACAGAAACAGAAACAACACCACUCCCACCAUGGCAACUCUUAACCAGCACCACGUCUACGCCGGCGUCCCCAAUACCACCCGCGGCGAGCCUUCCCGCAUUUCCGCAGACCCCACCGGCACCACGGACGACAUCGUAUACGCCUGUGGUCGCGUCGCCGUAGUCCGUUCCGCCUCCGCUCCGCUUAAGGCACGCAUUUUCUCGCUUCACACGGCUCAAGUCACAGUCGUUGUCUACUCACGUGACGGUUCCCUCGUCGCCUCCGGCGACGCCCACGGAUUCAUUCGACUAUGGGAUCCGAAGACCGUUGCCCAAAAGUCGGAAAUCUCCGCCAUGGCCGGCCCGGUCAGAGACAUUGCCUUCGACCACGCCGGAAAGUUCCUCGCUUGCGUCGGUGAUGCCAGAGGCUCGUAUGCAAAGGUCCUGAAGCUUCCCACAGGUGGUGCAGCCGGGGCUUGCCAAGGUCAUACCAAGCGUGUCAUAGCCUGUGAUAUCUCCUCCAAGAAGCCUAGUUUUGUGGCCACGGGCAGUGAGGACAUGUCUGUCGGUCUAUUCAAGGGCCCCCCGGUCAGAGAUAUCGACACGCCUAAGUUUUUGCGUCAUCACACGGCGUUUGUGAAUGAUGUCCGCUUUUCACCAGAUGGUACCAAGCUCGCCCUCGCCUCUUCUGACAGAAAGGCUACCAUCGUUGAUACUGGAUCAGAUGAGAUUAUCGCCACUCUCGAGGGCCAUGCUGCCUCCGUUACCGUGCCUCAGCACUAUCACGUACGGAAAUAA